AUGGAUUCAUAUCUUUAUGAGAGCAAAUAUCACAACUGUGGUAGGAAAAGAAUUCAAGUAACAUAUGAAUCUAUAGCAUCAAUAGGCAUGGGGGACAGAACAAACAUUAGAGAUCUUGCAAAGAUGCUGAAUUUGGGACCAACAACAGUUUGGAGAAUGGUGAAAAGAAAACAGAUUAAAGCACAUUCAAGUCCCUUGCAUCCAGGCAUUUCAGAAGAAUGCAAGAUGACAAGGAUGAGGUGGGUACUUAGUUUGAUAAUGGAUUACUCUAUACCAAAUGAUCCCACAUAUUACAACAUGUAUGAUUUCAUUCACAUAGAUGAGAAAUGGUUAAAUCUAACGCAUAAAAAUGCAGUGGCAGCAAAGAGAACAUCCAAAAACAGAGUGAAGGGGACAAUUGAGACAAAACCAAUUAAGUCAGUUAAUCAGAUUGCAACUAGGGCCAUGCUAAUCAACUACUUAAUCCCAACAAUUAAAGAGAAAUGGCCACCACAUGACGGGGAAAAGCCAGCAAAGAGUCCAGAUUGUAACAUCUUGGACUUGGAGUUUUUCAUGUCAAUACAGUCACUUAUGCACAAAAAGAUGCCCAAAACAGUGGAAGAUUUAAGUGGUGCAGUGAUUGACUCAUUUAAUGAACUGCAUGCAAAGACUCUAUCUAAUGUGUGGAUGUCACUUCAAUAUGUUGGAAAUGAAAUACUAAAACAUAAGGGGGACAACAACUACCAACUCCCACACAACAAGAAAAAAAAUUUAGAAGAUGAGGGCAAUCUUCCAGAACAAGUGAAGGCACCAAGGUGGGCUGUGAAUGAGUGCACACAACUUGUUGAAGAAUGGAAAGCAAAUCAGUGA